UGCCGACGCCUGGGAGAGGCCCGGAGCGCGCGCGCGCGCGCCGCGGUAGUUUGGGCGCGCGGGGCUGCCGUAGGAGCAUGGCGUUGGGCUCGGAGGCGCUGCGGGAGCGGCCGGUGCAGCUGGCGCUGGCGCUGGCCUUCGCCUCGGGCGUGCUGGUGGGCUGGCAGGCCCACCGCGUGCGCAGGCGCUUCCUGGCCUGGAGGAAGCGGCGGCUGCAGGGUCUGCUGGAGGCCACGCAGAAGAAGCUGGACGUGGCCUGAGCGGCGCGCGGCGGGGCCGUGACCUUGGGCGGCGCGGCUCUGGCUGGGGGCGGGGCCCUGGGGCGGCCCGGACUGUCCCCCACGGGCCUCACCCGUGUCACAGCCCGAGCCUGGGCCAGGAUUUACCGCCAGCAGCUAAGUCGUGUGUAAAGCCCUGCCUCAGCCUUAUACAGAUGAAAGCUGACAACUGAAUGAAAAUAAAUGGACUCCUGCUGCAUUUGUGUCUAAACACAGUUUAAAAGAUGGACUUUAAAAACAAAUGUUUUGAUAAGCAACCAUAUUCUAAAAAAGAAGGCAUCUGUGGUAUCCUACAAUCUCAUUUGCCCAAACUGACAUCAGCAAAGCUUAUCUUCACAUGUAUCAGAAUAACCGAUCCACCAAAAUGUUAUGGGAUGAGCUUAAUUAAUUCAUAUGUAUUAUGACUGUGCAAACCUGUCACAUUAUGUUUUUAAGGGAUGCUUGUGUCUGUUUUGCUUUGUGACUCUUAAGGCUCGCCCUGAGCUACAUUUGACCCUUACAUUUUAAUAAAUUAAACUAAAAAUGAUAUAACUUACGUUACUUACUAGUAAUUUGUAAUAAAGUAUCUCUUAAGUGGGGAGUGAAAACAUGUAAAGAUUCUGAUGUUAAACAUUUUAGAACUUUGAAAGUAUACAACCAAAGGGUUGGUCAAAAAGAUUAAGGCAAAAGCAUCCUAGUGUACACUGAUAAGAUAAAUUCGUAUAUUAAAUCAGUAAUGCUGGGGUUCUUCUCUGAAAUUCAGCAAUGUUCUAUGUCUAGAUCUCUUACCAACUCCAUAACUAAGAAUACAUCAGCCCUAUAUACUUACUGUGCCACAUCAUCACUUCCAGCAAAGAUGCUGGACAUCAUGAAUUAAAAUCCUUGGGACUUCCUUUUUGAUUAAUCUUGCUGGGCCUCAUGCUACAUCUAUGUCAGCCAUCCCUAUCUCUCUGUUACUUCCAUGCAUAUGUGCACAGCUUUUCCCUCAAAAAAAAAAUAAAUCUCCUAAUCAACACAUUUUUAAAGUGUUUCUGUCUUGUUCUCCUUUUAUGUUUAUAAGCAGAUGCCAACCCCACAUUGUGCCAAAAUAGUUAAAGGCUAUGUAGGUUCAGAAUUCAUUCCCUGCCCUUAGCUUUAACUUUAUUAAUAAGCUAAUGGAAAAAGAGAAAAAAGCGGAGACAGAUUCUGCCCAUGCCUUCUCCCCAAGCUUGGCUGUUCUUAUGAUUUUUCUCUUAGGACUGGCGAGGCUUAGACCAUUGAUUCCCAGACUGUUUACGAAGGUGACCCACCAACUGCAUUUUGUCAUCUUGUUUGCAACCCACCCUUACAUAUAUGCACCCUCUGCCCUUGCGCUGCAGUCUGAAUCCCGGCCCAGUGCAGAGGGGAAGCCGGGACAAGGGGGCUUGGAGAGCAAGCCCACCAUGCACUCACCCCACUGAGUCGGCUCUUGUUCCGCGGCACUAGGCUUAGCUCUAGUCUCUGCUCCAGGUGUUACGACCUGGUACACAGUGUGUCAGCACCACUCAGGUUUGGAGGGCAGCCAGUGGCUCUGCGACCCCAUGUGUCUGGUUGCAAUCCCCAGACUGGGGAGCCAGGCCCAACCUCGCAGGACAGAAGCCACCACGGUGGGGUGAGUGUGGGACAGCCUCACUCUCCAGUCCCCUCCUCUCUGCACCUGGCUGGUAAAGUGUAUGUUUGCCUAGUUCAAGGCCCAGUGAUCCAUAUAGAAUCUUCAUGAGACCCACCAGCUGGGAAACACUGGCUUAGAUUCCUCUGAUCAGGGGGCCACUCUCACUUCACUUAUACCCAGAAUUAGUUAAUGAGGUGCACCAUCCGUCAGAGCUCCAAUGCCUUCUAACAUAGGGGGUCAGUGAACCCAGCUGCUGUGUAACAAUGCCAUUCAGAAUCUUGAAAUGUUGACUUAUCCAAGUUGGAGAUCUUGUGUCUUUUAUAGCUGAGAUGUAGCUUGGUUACAGAAGUUUUCUGUGUAAUGCUGUAUCAGGCUGAUUUAAUGGUGAUUUGGCAUAUACUUGCGGGCAUCCUGUGCAAAAUGGAGCUGAGGUCAGGUAUUUUAAUGUCAUUCAUUGGAAGACAUGGUUCAUGUGCUAGCUCAAACUUUGCACUUACUGACAUGUUAAAAUAUAAUUGUACUUUAAUUUAUUAAAGCACCCAGGAUUUUUUUAUUCA